AUUUCGUUCCCCCCUUCUCCCUCCCCAUAUUCUUCAGUGAGCAGAAUUUAGCCUGCUUUCCCUCCUGCUACUAUUCACUUAUGAGUUCCCCCUCUGCUGCUGAAGCAGCCGCCGCCGCCGCCGCCGCCUCCAACUCCUCGACGGAGUCCCUGAACGGCUUGAAAUUCGGGCAGAAGAUAUACUUUGAGGAUGUGGCCGUGGGAGGUGCUGUGAAAUCCAGCGGCGGGGCGUCGUCGUCGUCGUCUUCAGGAGUGACCCCGACUAAGAAGGGAAGGGGUAGUGGGGCUCAGGGGGCUCAGCCUCCGAGGUGUCAGGUGGAGGGCUGCAAAGUAGAUCUGAGUGAUGCCAAGGCUUACUAUUCCAGACAUAAAGUCUGUAGUAUGCACUCCAAAUCACCCAGGGUCGUUGUCGCAGGUCAAGAGCAAAGGUUUUGCCAACAGUGUAGCAGGUUUCACCAGCUUUCUGAAUUUGAUCAAGUAAAACGAAGUUGUCGCAGGCGGCUUGCUGGUCAUAAUGAGCGGAGGAGGAAACCCCCACCGAGCUCCUUGAUGGCUUCUCGAUAUGGCCGACUUGCUCCAGCUAGUUUUGAUAACAGCAAUAGCAGAGGUGGUGGAUUUCUAAUGGAAUUCGCUUCGUAUCCGAAACUUAGCCUGAGAAAUUCAGUGCCAACACCACCAUCAUCCGAGCAGCUUCCUGGGAAUCCAACAGUGACAUUUCCAUGGCCGGGCCAUUCAGAGUCUCCAUCACUGCUUUUCUUGCAAGCAGGCUGUUCUCCAGUUGGCGGGACAAGCUACUCUGGAUCCAGAAAUUCUUCAUCAGGGGAAAGCUUCUCGGGAUUGACAGACUCAAGCUGUGCUCUCUCUCUUCUGUCAAACCAAGCUUGGGCCCCUCGAAACAGAGCACCAAGUCUUGGUACAAAUAAUUUGAUGAGCUUCGACGACACGCCCAUCACGCAUCUUCCUGCCUCUUCUCAUCACGGACACGGGACAUCCCUCCAUCAUCAACUUUCAAAUGCCUCGUGGUGCUUCAAGGGCAUUGAUGCUGCUGCUGAUAACUGUUCUCAUGACGUCGUCCCUGACCUGGGCCUGGGUCAUCAAAUUUCGCAGCCUAUCGGUAGCUCUCUUCCUGGGGAGCUUGACGUGUCACAACAGGGCAGGAGGCAUUACAUGGAUCUAGAGCAGUCCAGGGUCUAUGAAGAUUCUCAGCAGCACAUGCACUGGUCUCUCUAGACUGCUCCCACCUCUGCGUUUUGUUUGAAGAAUAUGAUAUGAUGUGUCAACUACGACACGAGGUUGAUCGAUCAGGCAGUGUUUUGGAUUGUUGGAAGGUUUAAACUCGCAACCUUCUUCAUAUACGAUGGAUUUUAAAUCUUUUUGUCAGCGUGACGCUUUUGUAAGUUUGUAUCCGUGGUCCGUCAUCGCUGUCGCUUCUUCAAUUAAUGAGUACAUACUCUAUG